AAAAAUGGAUGACAGAGAUUUCGAUGUUGACUUGCCCGAUGAAGUAAUUUAUUUUCUGCGUUAUUUUAAAGAAAUGAUUGAAGAACAGAGUGUGACAGAAAUUUUGGGAUUAUAUGAACACGGAUUUACAGAAUUGACUGAAAAAUUUUUUAGCGAGAAAAUGUGGCCGGAAGACAAAAUUGUUGAGAAAAUUGUUGGGGCAGAUAAUGACCUGUUUAUUAUUCUCUAUAAAGAACUUUAUUAUCGAGAUUUAUAUACAAGAAUGCAGAGAGGCCCUUCGCUUAUUCAUCGUUAUGAAAGUUAUAUGAAUUAUUCUAAACUUUUUUCUGAAAUUUUGAGAACUAAGGAGGUUAAUGAUAAAACUGUGCCUAAUGAGCCUGUAGCUUUGCAAUUGCCGAAUAUUUGGCUUUGGGACAUUAUUGAUGAAUUUGUUUACCAAUUUCAAGCAUUUUGCCUUUACAAAGCAAAUCCAUCGAAACGUAGUGCUGAAGAAAUUGAAGAUUUGAUUGAAUUGGAACAAACACAAAAUGCUUGGAAUAUUUACCCAGUUUUGAAUAUUCUCUAUUCUUUACUUACAAAGUCUCAAAUUAAUGAACAGUUAAAGGCUAUCCGUGAAGGAGGCAAUCCUGAUGAUGUUGCUGACGAGUUUGGUCGAAGUGAUCUUUACUUCAAAUUGGGAUAUUUUUCUUUAAUUGGUCUUCUACGUACUCAUGUUCUUUUGGGUGAUUAUCACCAAGCACUCCAAACUGUCGAAUAUUUGGAUAUGGAUCCAAAGGGUCUUCAUAAUCAAGUCCCUUCUUGUCUUGUUACUCUUCAUUAUUUUGUUGGGUUUUCUCAUAUGAUGAUGCGUAAUUAUGCGGAGGCAACUAAAAUUUUUAUCAAUUGUCUUCUAUAUAUUCAACGUACACAAAAUAUGCAACAACAACAGCAACAACAAAACCAACAAAGAAAUAAAGCUGGGAAGUAUGAUGUGAUUGGAAAAACAAACGAGCAACUUUAUCAUUUGCUUACAAUUUGUUUAACACUCCAACCACAACGUAUUGAUGAUUCUAUUCAGACACAAUUGCAGGAUAAAUUUAGUGAGAGAAUGUUUAGAAUGGCUAAUGGUGAUAUUGAUGAAUUUCGUUCAGCUUUUCAACAAGGUUGCCCAAAAUUUUUGUCCCCAACAACUGUGGUCUAUGAAGGAGCUAAUAUUGCUAAAGAACCUCUAAUUCGUCAAUGCGCCGCAUUUUUGGAAGGCAUAGAAAGUCAAAUUAGUUUACCUAUUUUGCGUGGUUAUUUAAAACUUUAUACAACUCUUCCAAUUCAAAAAUUGGCUAGUUUUAUGGAUGUUCCAGAACACGAAAUGGAUACAUUUACUAGUAAAUUGUUGACAUAUAAAAUGAUUGUAGCUGAAUUGGGUAAAGAGACUAUCGAUAGAAAUGAUACAACAAAUGAUGAUUUUACUGAUUUGGACUUUUAUGUGGACAAGGAUAUGAUUAUGAUUGCCGAUACAAAAGUUGCGCGCCGCGUUGGAGAAUACUUUAUUAAGCAAAUUAUUAAUCUUCAAAAGCGUAGACUCGCAAUUAAUGACAAAAACAAGGAAAGUUGGUGGUUAUCGAAAACCAAAUCAAAAAUCAAUUCUCGAAUAUUUAAACAAUGGCCGGAAAUUAAAAUUGAAGAAGUUUUGCCAUCCAAAUUAGUAGAAAAUGAUGAAGCGGUUAAAACUAUUAGCGAUAAAUGUUUGUGGGGACGUUUACUUAAAGAGUUGCCAGAGGGAACGCCUGUUUAA